CCAAUUGACCUACACGAAAUUACAGCAUUUAUAAGUGAUGAUACAUUGACGAAGAUUAAUUUGUGUUGGUAGUACGUUGUAUUGCACUUACUGCACAGUGUGGUAAUUUCUAUGACAAUAUAUUUGUUUCCGGCCGCGUAUGUGGUUUAAUGAUGUAGUCCUGUUGUUUCUCCACUAAAGAAGGUUGUGUUGCAGAAUCAGAUAAAAAUAUUCUUUGUUUAAGAGUCUCGAACCUAACAUGACUUAACAAAACAGGGCGUAGCUCCACAUACAUCAAUAGCAGCCUGUGAAUGUUCUGCAGCUCGGAUGAAUGAAAUACGAAACUGGAAUUUAAUCUAAUUUAGUGUAUAGUGGUAUAACUUAAUUCGGAGAAUUAAUACAGCGAUCAGUUACGAAUUAGAUGACAAAUUAUGGAAGCAUUACAUCGGUUCGACAUUGACAAACCCUUGUGGGAUCAAAGUACGUUCUCAGGAAGACUUAAGCAUUUCUUUUGGGUGACAGAUCCUCGUACAUGUAUUGUUUCUGAAGAAACCCUUGAUGAUGCGAAACAGCUGGUUGAACAGUACAGGAUAGGUAAAGAGCCGCCAGGAACGACAGAGGAGCAAGUUAUUUAUGCUAAGAAGCUGUACGAAUCUGCAUUUCAUCCCGACACUGGGGACAAGCAGAAUGUGUUUGGCCGAAUGUCAUUCCAAGUACCAGGGGGCAUGGCGAUUACCGGUGCCAUGCUGCAGUUCUACCGAACUGCACCAGCUGUUGUAUUUUGGCAGUGGGUAAAUCAGUCAUUCAAUGCACUCGUCAACUACACAAAUCGCAAUGCCAAAUCUCCAACCACUACGACACAACUCGGUGUGGCAUAUGUAUCAGCCACGGCGUCAGCGAUGAUCACGGCGCUAGGUUGCAAGGCUUUCUGGCAGAAGCAAGCAUCUCCCUUGCUGCAGCGUUACGUCCCAUUUGCGGCUGUGGCGGCUGCCAACUGUGUGAAUAUCCCACUGAUGCGGCAGAAUGAAUUGUUGCACGGCAUCGAUGUCUAUGACGAGAAUGAAAAUAUAGUUGCAAAAUCAAGGGUUGCGGCCGUUAAAGGAAUUUCGCAGGUGGUGUUCUCCAGAAUUGUAAUGUGUGCGCCGGGGAUGACUAUCCUACCCGUCAUUAUGGAGAAACUGGAGCGCUACCCCUGGGUGCAGCGAAUCCAACCCCUCCAUGCUCCUUUUCAAGUAAUGGCAGUUGGGUGUUUCCUGAUAUUCAUGGUUCCAGUAGCAUGUGGCCUGUUUCCACAGAGGUGUUCUUUGAGAACGACUACGUUGGAGUGGCUGGAGCCAGAAAUGUAUCACAAACUGAAGGAGGCCUGCGCUGGAAGGGAGGUACCCAAAUAUGUGUACUUCAACAAAGGCCUGUGAAGUUCAGUGUUGUAUUUCCAUCCAAUGUUCAUACUCUGCUCUGCACUGCGGGGUAUGGUUUACAGUUUGCUCUAGAGUUACGCUAUUCACUUACCUCAGAAAUAAAAUUAAUUAAUAAUAUAUGUAGUAUUGUGUCUAGUAAACUAACAGCCCUGCUCAAAGCAAAGUUCUUGCCAUUUGUAUUGUGAACAAGAAGUUUAUAUGCGUUUUCAUCAAUCGGAUGACUGAAAAUGGCUGUCCUCUAGAAUAUUAUGCCGUGUAGUCUGGUAGAUACUGACCAAUGUUUCAGAGGACCUUACUGUCUCCAUCUACCCUGAUGACAGAGGCAGUAGCAAGCCCUGGAAUGUCUGUCCGUGUCUACACAGCAGUACAUCGUAGACGACAACCAUUUUCAAGGUCAUUGAUGGAUGUCUUCUUGAGUUGUAGCACUCUGAUGAUGGAGGCAGCAAGGAUAUCUGAAACGUUGGUAACUUCUACCAGACUACAUGGUGUUACAA